CGGAGGAGUAGAGUUAGGGGUGGGAUGAAGAAUACUCCAGCGAUGACGAUUCUGUGAUGCAAAACAUUCUAGUAAGUGACAGAAAUCGCUUACAAAUCAUUUUAGAUAUACGUCAAUGAAAGUAUUUGCAUGUUAAGCAGCUUUAACUGGUGAAAGACAGCGAAGAAGUAGAUUUUUAGCUGAGUGAAGAAGACAUUAUUGCAAGCCUAUUCAAAAUCUGCAAUCAUACGGAGAGCUUUUGGUUCUAAUAAUAGGUUGCGCAAGGAUGAUGAUUAAGGCUUAGCUGCAAGAUAAACCCAAGAAAAUGGCAUCGGGAAUAGGUACAAAUGUGACCAUCCAUGGUCUUCCGGCAAGUUCAUAUGGUCAGGAUUCAAAUAUUGCAUUGCUGAAAAUCAAUGUCAUUGCUGGCUUGAAUUUGGCUAAGAAAGAUAUCUUUGGAUUAAGUGAUCCAUAUUGUAUUGUCAAGUUGUAUGAAGAAAACAGAGACGAUGUGAUUGAUCAGUCUCAGACAAAAAUUCAGAAAAAGACUCUGAAUCCGCAAUGGAAUGCAACCAUGUAUUACAGGGUGAAGAAAUCAUCCUCGCGUUUGUUGUUUGAAAUCUAUGAUGAAAAUAGAUUGACUCGUGAUGAUUUCCUAGGCGAAGUUGAUCUUCCUUUGACUGACAUUCCUACAGAGUCUGAAGGUUUAGAGAUUCCUUUCAAGGAAUAUCUACUGCAACGUCGGAGCCGGCGCUCUCAUGUUCGGGGCCACCUUAGAUUGAGGCUUGCCUACAUCCCUGAUCCUGCUGAAAGCCAACCAACUUCAGCUGAAAGUCAACCAACUUCAGAUGACGAAGAAGGCUUUAUACGUGUUGCCUCGUCAACUAGAGAACGAGUAGAAGAGCCGGGCUGGGAAACUGUAAAUGCUAGUGAUGCGCCUGUGAGUGAUACACCUGCAUUUGCAAGGACUCUCUCGACUAGCGAAAAUGAUGUCCCGCUCCCUCCAAACUGGGAAGAGAGACAGGAUGCCAACGGAAGAACUUUUUACAUCAAUCAUACAACGAGGGAUACGACAUGGGAACGGCCAAGAUCUGCUCGAAAUGAAAGUUCUGAACAGCAAAGAGAGCUUGCAAGAAGGCUGGAGCGCAAUUUUAGCAUACGGAGGCAUAUAAGCGUUGAAAGUGAUAUGCAGGCAAGAUUUACAACUGACAACAACUCUGACGUAACAGUUCGUCAUAUAUCGGUGAACCAAGUGCAAGAUCACGAAAGACUAAAUCGAAUCCCGUCACCUCUCCCUCCUGGAUGGGAGGAAAGAAGGGACGAUGAAGGGAGGACAUUUUACAUUGAUCAUAAUUCGCGAUUGACAACUUGGGUUCGCCCUCGCGCGUCCAGCUUUCAACCGGUUGCUGAUCAAACUGAACGUAUAAGUGUGACGUCCGGAUCAUCAGAUGAAGAUCCGCCAGAAAGUCCGGAAGGAGACCAAGAGCAACGCGAGCCACAGUUCAACCAAGAGCGUAUCCACCCAGAUGUUCCCAGUACUGCAGAAAUAUCUCUACCACCCGGCUGGGCAAUGCAGCUUACUCCAAAUAACCGUGUCUUUUUCAUAGACCACAACAAUCGCACCACGACCUGGAUUGAUCCAAGAAUCAACUAUCAAGCGGCUGUGAAGGAUCUAGGACCAUUGCCUCCGGGUUGGGAAGAGAGAAUUCAUCAAGAUGGCCGUGUUUUUUUCAUAGAUCACAACACUCAGUCAACACAGUGGGAAGACCCCAGAAUCCAGAAAAUUGCAGCGAAAAAGGCCCAGGCUGUUCCAUAUUCAAGAGACUACAAGAGGAAAUACGACUUUUUCAGAUCAAGAUUGCGCAAGCCCGAUCAUGUACCGAACAAAUAUGAAAUCAGAAUUCGAAGGAAUUCCAUUCUUGAAGACUCUUACAGAGGCGUUUUCGUCACAGUAAAGAACACCGAUCUUCUUAAAACAAAAUUGUGGAUUGUUUUUGAUGGAGAAGUUGGUUUGGAUUACGGGGGUGUAUCAAGAGAGUGGUUUUACUUGCUGUCAAAGGAGAUAUUCAAUCCGUAUUAUGGCUUAUUCGAAUACUCAGCAACCGAUAACUAUACACUACAGAUUAACCCAUACUCAGGCCUAUGCAACGAUGAGCAUCUUUCAUACUUCAAAUUCAUUGGAAGGGUCGCAGGAAUGGCUGUCUACCACGGAAAACUGUUAGAUGUUUUCUUCAUUCGUCCAUUUUACAAAAUGAUGUUGGGAAAAAAGAUUGCGUUAGCUGAUAUGGAGAGUGUGGAUUCUGAGUACCAUAACAGUUUGAAGUGGUUGCAAGAUAAUGACCCUGAAGAUUUGGAUUUGCGGUUCCAAGUAGAGGAAGAGGCAUUUGGGAAGAUUACAAGUCGUGAGCUGAAGCGAGAUGGCGCAGAAAUUAAAGUUACAAAUGACAACAAAAAAGAGUAUAUUGAUUUAGUGAUUAAAUGGCGGUUUGUUGAUCGAAUUAACGAACAGAUGGAUCAAUUUAAAGAGGGUUUUAAUGAAAUAAUACCACAUGACCUCUUGAGAAUUUUUGAUGAGCGAGAGCUAGAGUAUCUUCUUUGUGGACUUGGGGAAAUUGAUGAGGAAGAUUGGAAGAAGCAUACAAACUAUCGUGGUGGAUACCAUGAAAAGCACUUUGCAAUACAAUGGUUUUGGAAGGCUGUUGGUACAUUUGAUAAUGAAAUGAAAGCUAGGUUGCUUCAGUUUGUCACUGGCACUUCACGUGUACCAAUGAAUGGGUUCACAGAAUUAUAUGGCAGUAAUGGCCCACAAAAAUUCACAAUCGAAAGAUGGGGAGAUACACACUCAUUGCCAAGGGCCCAUACCUGCUUCAAUCGUCUGGAUCUGCCCCCCUAUACAAGUUACCAUGAACUUAGAGAAAAAUUGAGGCUAGCAGUUGAAAAUACAGAAGGAUUUGAAGGAGUUGAUUGAAAUAUAAACAGAGGAAUAUAUGGAAUUCAUAUAAUCAAUUGUUUUUCAAGGAUGGUAGACCAUAUGGCAAAUUAGCAGUGACAGAUUAUUGCUUUAUAUAGCUUUGUAAUUAAAAACUGCUAUAGAACUUGGUUUCCCUGCGAAAGGAGAGAUGUAUUUAGAAUAUGCAUAACCGGAAGAUUUGUAAUUGAAUAAUCUAUGUCAGUUUACUGUAGUUGACUCUGCUUAUAAUCGCUUCGCUUAAAGUCACACUGCUGGUUACAGUCACAUAGCAUUUUAUCCCAAAUAUCUGAAGCUCUGUUUUGCAAUCCCACUCUGAUUUCAUUUACACCUUUCAUUGCAGCAUGUGUUGUGACAAUAAGCAGAGUUUACUGUAGCUUGAAUAAAGUAGAUUUAACUUUGAUUAUGCAUUCCCUAAGUCAGUUUGAUGGUGGCCGCUGCUUUUCAUUGUAAACCAAAUGUAUGCAUAACAAUUAUCAAUUUAAGUUAUACCAUAUGCUGUAAUAAUUUUUAUAAACUCAUUUAUAUUUUCAAAUAAUUCAUAAGAAUUUGAAAGAUUUACCUUGAUUUGUUUACAUUACCUUUUCUUAAUCUUAGAAGCAACUUUGGGUUUGAAACAUAAGGGGGCAGUAUUGUUGGUGCUCUGUUUGCAUGUCUCAUGCUCUGUAUGGAAGUUUCUUUGACAUUUUUGUCCAAAAAGUAAAGUUAGAGCUCUAGCACCAGUAUCUGUAUUAUGCUGGUUGAAAUUCUUUGUUAUUUGGCUUCUUGCCUUUUUUAAUCUAUAAAACAAUGUCUUUCAAAUUUUUCUUUUGCUUGGAAAAGUCAUCAUUUGUAAAAGCCAUAUAGAUUAUUUAUGGAAGAUUUUCCUUUUCUGGAAAGGACAUUCUCAGUUUUGAGCAAAAAAAUUUUUAUGUGGAAAGAAGCUUGUUUUCCCAUUUUUUUGUUUGUGCAAUCUUUUUUGGAAAUCUUUUUUGAUACUUUUUAGGAAAGCUUUUGCAGUUAUUUCUGGUACUUAAAAUAUCAUCAGUUGAUUGUAAGUGUGCAUUGGCUAAAAACAACAUGUUUCCAAUGAUGUUCAAAAGAAAACUUAUACUGCUUGAAUAUAUAUAUAUAUAAGAAUAUAUAUAUAUUAUUUUACUUAAUAUUUAACACAUUGGGCUGGAGAAGAAGCAAUAGAGUUCAUACCUGUCACAUAUUUUAACAAAGACAUGAUUUGUGCAACUUUUGUUUGCAAAAUAUUGGAAAGGUUUCAGUGCAUUAGUUUUGAAUAGGGUUUGUUGCUGAAUUCCUGUAAUCCAGUUAUUAUUUUAUCUUAUAUUCUGCAGCAUACCUUUAAUAUAUUCAUCUAUAUAGUAAAAUGAAAUAAUUCCACUUUUCA